UGUGACAGAGCUGAUUGAUUUUGUUGCUUUCUUGAUUUUUUUUUUCAAAAUGGGUUUACUAAAAUGUAGAUGACUUAACUGCCUCCUCCUUCGUCUGAAAAAUGCCAAUAUUCAAUCAUCAUGCAGCAUUAUAACAAGCCUUAUAAGUCCUAAAGCAUUAAGUUGCACUUUUUUGAGGAGGGGUAGUGCAGUAUUUCUCUGGCCAGUAUGAAUGAAGUUUAUACUUACCAUAUUUGAUAGAAACAUAGAUCAAGCUAUGGCACAGCGACUCAUCAGAUAGCUAGCUUUGACGUCUGGGCACAAUUGAACCAACUUCCAUCGUGAAUCUUUAUAAUGAUUGACUUUGGUGUAUAGUGCAGUAAACAAAUAGUGCUCCUAGUUAAGUAUUUGUCAGCAUCCUUUUGUCUCUAACUUGUUUCUAUUUUUACAGCCACACAAUUCUUGGCAUGUAUUAAGAAAAAAAAAAUCCCUGUUCAAGUAGUUUUUCCACCUAUCAGCACUGAGUAAAUGCCAUAAAUCCAUUGAAAUGGUCUAAAUGUUCCAUCUGUUCUCCUGUUUUGCCAGUUAUAUAGUAAUGAAAUACAUUUGUAAAUUUUAUGCAACAAAUGGCAAACGUAUCAUUAUUUUGAAAUUGUGUAUGUAAAAGUUAUAUUUUUACAUGUAGACUCUUGUUAUUAUGUGUUUUAAUACAUUGUAUCAGUUUUUGUUUUUUUUUGAAACUGUGUGGUUUAAAAAGAAGUCUCAUUUAAAUGAAAUAGCUACAAGAAUCAGAAUUUUAUGUUCAUUUCUGAAAAUGUAAGAACAAAUAAGAUAGUUACCACGUGGUCAUCUUUUACAAACCCAUAAACAUUUUGAUUAGCUGUGUGUGUGUUGAAAAACUGUAAAUAUGUUCAGUAGCGAUAAAACUAAAAUAACUUUGAUUUGUUGAUAAGUUCCUAAAAUGUGGAGGUGGAUUAAAACCUUAGGAGAAUAGCAGAAAUCAAACUUCAUGAAAAGUUAUUUUGGGGCUUUCCUGUGAAAUGUAUGAACAAAGAGGCUCAGAGAAGGGCAUGGAAGACGAUAAUGUAUACUCUCUCCUCCUCCCUGAAUAAUGAAAACCAUGUGUAUUUGUUCCCUCCGUAUGUUAAAGAUUUCCUUUUAGUGGUACAUUCUGCACUCAUUUUGUAUAGUCUACCAAGGCGGGUAUCCCUAGGAACAAUAUUAUAUAGGAAGCAGGUAUACUCUGAUCACAUUCAGGAUAAGUGUACAGAAGAAAAUACGGUGUUUACUCUUUAGGGAACUGGAAACACUCCCUGCAUUGAUGUACAUUUUAAGAAUGGCACUUUUGAUACAUGUUAUCAUAAAGGUGCUUAAUAGAGCUGAAUUAAAGUUUUUCAAAUCUGUAAACAAAGCAAAAAAGUAAAUUGUAGUCAUUUGAUUAUUUUUUAAAUUGGUGCUUUAUAUUUUGUUCUCACUCAGAGUAAAAGCUGCAAUUUAUUGUUCACCAGCUUUGAUGUAUUCAUUACUUAGUAAUGCAAUACCUCUAUUGUUGAAUUCCCUUUGGAAAUAAGUGAAAAUUCUAACGGCCACUGAAAGCUGCUCGCUAGGUUUUGCUUGGUGGAGAAACAUAAUCUGCACCUAUCCAUAUUAAUUGGGUUGUAUCCCCAUUAAAAAAGAAAAAAAGGGAAUGUGGCCUUUUUAGUGUGUUUUUUAUUGUUGUUGUUUUGUAAUUAUCAAACCCAGGUAAGAUAUUGGUAUCCUGCACUGGAUUUUCAAAUGAAGUUCAGCAGAAGACAGUUAAGAUUAAAGUACUAUACAGAAAUUUCAAAAGGGUCCAUACUGCGCUAUCUGUAUGACGACACUUAGGCUGGGGAUCUCUUUCAGAAACUCGGACUUUAAAAGCAACUCGGAACAGUUGAUCCACCUCCACAUUCAAGUAAUUUAUGAAUAUGCAGAAUAGGGAUCUGUUCAUCUAGAAAUUUUUACCAUUUGUCUUCUGUGUAGCUGCAAGGAACACUAAUGUUUAUACAACUGUCAGUCCACCCAGUGGUGCAACUGGUUCUGAUUCAGUCUUCCGAUUCCUUUUUAUUUUUCACUUUUUCCUAUUUCUGAAUUUUUUUUUUAUUUGUGAUCUUGAUGAGGGGUUGGGGAGUGGGGAGGGAGUCGAACCAAGACUUGGAGUUAAGAGGAUUUUCAUCUUUUGCAUCCAACAGGCAGAAUAUGAUCUGUGUCCAAAAGUGAACUUGAGUCAGGAAUGAAUCAAUUUCAGCAUAAACAAGCACAAAAAUUUAGUCUGCUGGCUGACUGGAAGCAAAAAAGUCAAGAUGGAAUAUGAUGAAUUCCAACACAAUGGGGCACCAAGGCCUUUAGGCCUCUUUUUAUUUUGCUUUGGUUUUGUUUGUUUUUCUUUAGAGACAUGCUCUUUCUCAUGGGACUUGAAGUGGACUCAUCUUUGUGCAGUGCUGGUUUUGCCAUACUCAUUUCAAGUAUUAUAGACAUAUGUAAUGGUGAAAAUAUAUGAACUGUGGCCUUUUUCAUUCUUGUUACUUGUGAUGCAAUUAAGUGAAGAUAAGAAAAAAAAAAAAAAGCAGAGAUUUACCAUGUAUCAGUGCCUGGCUUUUUGUUAUAAAGCUUUGUUUGUCUAGUGCUCUUUUGCUAUAAAAUAGACUGUAGUACACCCUAGUAGGAAAAAAAAACUAAAUUUAAAAAUAAAAAAUAUAUUUGGCUUAUUUUUCGCAGGAGCAAUCCUUUUAUACCAUGAAUAUUACAAAAAGAAAUUGUCAGAUUCUGAAUAUUUCUUCUUUGUAGAUUUUUGGAAUCAUUAUGAGUAAAAGUUUGUUACUUUAUUUUACUAUUUAAAAGAUGUUAUUUUACCAUGUGUUACCAAGAUGAAACUGUAUGGGUAGCUUUUUUAUUUGUUUUUUGUUUCGUUUUUGUUUUUGUUUUUUUUUUUUAGUUGUAGGUCGCAGCGGGGAAAUUUUUUGCGACUGUACACAUAGCUGCAGCAUUAAAAACUUAAAAAAAAUUGUUAAAAAAAAGAAAAAAAGGGAAAACAUUUCAAAAAAAAAAAAGAUAAACAGUUACACCUUGUUUUCAAUGUGUGGCUGAGUGCCUCGAUUUUUUCAUGUUUUUGGUGUAUUUCUGAUUUGUAGAAGUGUCCAAACAGGUUGUGUGCUGGAGUUCCUUCAAGACAAAAACAAACCCAGCUUGGUCAAGGCCAUUACCUGUUUCCCAUCUGUAGUUAUUCGAUGAAGUCAUGUACAUGACCGUUCUGUAGCAAUAAAUGUGCCAUUUUUAUAAA